CCGGCGGGGAGCCUGCUGCUGAGCGCAGGCGCUGAUCCUUCUGGCGUUGUUUCCCUUCCCCCCCCUCCACCCACCCCUUCCCGCCUUUGCCAUGGCGACACCGAGUGGGCUGAUCCGGGCCCUGCAGCGCGGGACUCUUGGCCAGAUGUUAGUGACCAAGGAGCAGACUUUUUAAAGCAGCGUUUUAUUGUGCUAGUGACUGAAGAUGCUGGUGCAUGUUAAAUAUCAAUCCUGCAAGAACUUCCUCUCAUAAUAUGGUCAUGGAUCGGAUUUUCUCUGGUAUUCAGCCAACUGGGGUGCCUCAUCUGGGUAACUACCUUGGAGCCAUUCAGAACUGGGUGAAUCUGCAGGAAGAGUGCAGCUCAGUGCUGUAUAGCAUUAUGGACAUGCACUCUCUCACCAUGCCCAAGGACCCAGCUGUUCUGCGCCAGAACAUACUGGACACCACUGCUGCCAUCCUUGCCUGUGGUAUUGACCCAAAGAAGUGUUUCUUCUUCCGACAGUCACUGCACUUACCACUUGAUCUGCCAGCUGCACAAUAUCUCCAACAGGUGAUUGACAUGGUUCCUGAGCAUGCAGAACUUGCCUGGAUUCUUGGGUGCUUGACUAACGUGCCACGUCUGCUACGCUUGCCCCAGUGGAAGAUGAAGCGUGCCUGCCAGAAUAAUGAAGGAACUGUUGGUUUGUUGACUUAUCCUGUGCUUCAGGCAGCAGAUAUUUUGCUGUACAAGUCGACACAUGUUCCCGUUGGAGAAGAUCAAGUCCUGCACCUGGAACUAGCCCAAGAUAUAGCACAACAUUUCAACAAGAAAUAUGGAGAAUUCUUUCCUGUGCCCAAAGCCAUUUUAAGUACAACAAAGAAAAUAAAAUCCCUAAGAGAUCCAACAGUGAAGAUGUCCAAGUCAGACCCACAGAAGUUAGCUACUGUUAACAUAGCGGACAGCCCUGACGAAAUAGUGCUGAAAUUCCGCAAAGCUGUGACUGACUUUACCUCUGAGGUGACCUACGACCCAGCCAGUCGCCCUGGUGUCUCCAAUCUGGUGUCUAUUCAUGCUGCAGUAACAGGGCUUAGCAUCAAAGAAGUGCUGCACCAAUCAGCUGGUCUUGACACUGCUCACUACAAAAUUGUAGUAGCAGAGUCAGUUAUUCAAAAAUUUGCACCUAUCAGGAAUGAAAUCAAGAAACUCCAGGAAGACACAUCCUAUCUGAUAAAGGUUUUAGAGGAUGGAGCAGAGAAAGCCAAAGAACUGGCUGCCCCCAUCUAUCAAGAAGUAAGACGACUGGUGGGAUUUCAGUAGAAACUGCCAAGUUGCAAGGACUUUUGUUUCCUGGGACAGACAUGUUGUUAUUUGUAUCUUCUUAACCAUUUUGGUUUAAAACAAACACUUUUUUUCCUUGAAAAUCCAAGUAGAACAUUGAAGGUGUUUGUAAUAAAAAAUAUGCAUGAA